UACUUCUACUACUGCUACUCCUUUAUCAUGUCGUUGAGCAAAACCUUAGAACUGGAACAUUUUGACGAGAGGGACAAAGUACGACGCGGCCGAUCGACCAGAACCAAGCGCGAUGACUCAACGGCCGGAUCGGGACCGAGCUCCAGGGGCAGUAGCUUGGUUCCCAGCCCCGCCCACAGCACAAACUGCAGCUACUACCGCACGCGAACACUACAAGCGCUAACGUCGGAAAAACGCGCCAAAAAAGUCCGUUUCUACCGCAAUGGGGACCGGUAUUUCAAAGGCCUGGUGUACGCGGUGUCGUCGGAUCGGUUCAGGUCCUACGACGCGCUGCUGAUGGAGUUAACGAAGUCUUUGGCGGAUAAUCUGCACCUGCCCCAAGGAGUGAGGAACAUUUACACCAUCGAUGGAAGCAAGAAAAUCACCUCCAUGGACGAGCUGGUGGAAGGCGAGUGCUACGUCUGCGCCUCCAACGAGCCCUACCGUAAAGUGGACUACACCAAGAUCUCCGUCCCGAGCUGGAAGCCCGGCGCCGGGUCCUCGGCCUCCGCCCGCGCCCAGGUCCAGUCCGGCGGGACCUCCGCCCACGCCCCCGCCCACGGCCCCAAGGAGCGCGCGGGAGGAGAGGGGCGGGAGGGGCGCGACACCAAAGACUUCAUCAAACCCAAACUGGUGACGGUGAUCCGCAGCGGAGUCAAACCCCGGAAGGCCGUGCGCGUCCUCCUCAACAAGAAGACGGCACAUUCUUUUGACCAGGUCCUCGCCGACAUCACAGACGCCAUUAAACUGGACUCUGGAGCCGUGAAGAGGCUCUACACGCUCGACGGAAAACAGCUGACGUGCCUGCAGGAUUUCUUCGGGGACGACGAUGUUUUCAUGGCGUGUGGAGCCGAGAAGUUCAGAUACGCCCAAGACGACUUCGUCCUCACCCACAGCGGAAAAACACCGGCUUUUUUCAACGAGAGCAAAACCAAGACGCCGCGCCCCGCCAUGUCUCAGAAAACUCCCAGAAUCCCGAGCAGCUCUGGUCUGACGUCAAACAGAGCGCCCUCUAGAGGACUGUCCCGGACCAAGUCUCCUGGAGCAGUCAUUGAGACACAGUCCAGCGCGAAGACGAGAAGCAGCCCGUCUCCCACAAGCCCCGGCUCACGACGCAGCAUCAAGCUCUCUCCUCGUCGCUCCUCCUCCACCGACGUGAACGGAGAAGCCGAGCAGCCGGAGGAAGACGUGGAAGUGAACGGAAACCUCUUGAUCUCGUCGUCGAUGAUCAAUGAAAAGUACAAAGUCGGUAAAGUGAUCGGAGACGGCAACUUUGCAGUGGUGAAGGAGUGUGUGGAGAGGGCAACAGGACAAGAAUACGCUCUGAAGAUCAUUGACAAGGCUCGCUGCAGUGGGAAGGAACAUCUGAUUGAAAAUGAAGUUGCGGUUUUGCGGAGGGUCAGACACCCGAGCAUUAUCCAGCUGAUCGAGGUGGACGAGACGCCGACGCAGCUGUUUCUGGUCAUGGAGCUCGUCAAGGGCGGGGACCUGUUUGACGCCAUCACCUCCUCCACAAAGUACAGCGAGCGCGACGCCAGCGCCAUGGUCUUUAACCUCGCCGGAGCCGUCAAGUAUCUCCACAGGAUGAACAUCGUCCACCGAGACAUCAAACCUGAAAACCUGCUGGUGUGUGAAUAUCCAGAUGGCACCAAGUCUCUGAAGUUGGGCGACUUUGGUUUGGCGACGGUGGUGGAGGGGCCUCUGUUCACCGUCUGUGGGACGCCGACCUACGUCGCCCCGGAGAUCAUCGCCGAGACGGGUUAUGGACUGAAGGUGGACAUCUGGGCGGCCGGGGUCAUCACCUACAUCCUCCUGUGUGGGUUUCCUCCUUUCAGAAGUGAGAAUAACGUCCAGGAGGAGCUGUUCGAUCAGAUCCUCAGAGGGAAGCUGGAAUUCCCGUCUCCGGACUGGGACAACAUCAGCCUCCCAGCCAAGAUGUUGAUCAGUCAGAUGCUGCAGGUGAACGUCGACGCUCGCUUCACGGCUGAGGAGGUCCUGUCUCACCCCUGGGUCACGGAUGAACCACUAGGGGACUCCAAUAACAUGAGCUCCCCGGACGACCAACAUGAAGAACAAGAACAAACCACAUUCACUACAGUCACGCUCACCGUAGUCACGCUCACCGUAGUCAGGCUCACCGUAGUCACGUUCACCAUAGUCACGUUCACCAUAGUCACGUUCACCGUAGUCACGCUCACCGUAGUCAGGCUCACCGUAGUCACGCUCACCGUAGUCACGCUCACCGUAGUCACGUUCACCGUAGUCACGUUCACCGUAGUCACGCUCACCGUAGUCACGCUCACCGUAGUCACGCUCACUAUAGUCACGCCCACUAUAGUCACGCUCACUAUAGUCACGUUCACUAUAGUCACGCUCACUAUAGUCACGCUCACUAUAGUCACGUUUUACUCUGAACAGAAAGGCCCGACAGGAGUGAGGACAGUGAUCAAACUCACUAAAGUGUUAAUAUGA